CUCCCCCAACAGGCAAAACUUUCUAUUCACACACAGAUACACACACUGACGUCUUUUGCGCAUUUCCUGCAUUGGGGAGACAGACACACACCGAGCGAGCGAGCGAGCGAGCGAGCGGGCCAGCUGGGGUAGCGUUCCUCGCCCAGCAUCAGGCAAGCGUAGCCCGUGGCACAAGCCAGACCAGCGGCCUUGGGGAGGGAAGGGCGGGGACCUCGGUGCCGGCGUGAGUCUUUUUUAAUUGAUCUUUGAAAACAACAAAAAAGAACAACCCUCCUUCCCCGAGCAGGUCGAUCGGGAGCAGCUUCUCCUCAUGCAUUGGAUUCGAUCCACUGGAUCCUUGGCCUUGGAGGAGGAGGAGGAGGAGGCGGAGAAGGCGAGGAAGCUCCCGCAGCAGCCGAGGCGGAUGUAAGGUUCCUCGGACUGUGCGAUCCCCCUCCCCUUCAGUCGGAAGGCUGUGAAGUGGGCAGGGCUGCGUGUUGGGUUCGGUGUUCCUGGGUGUUUGGUUUUUUUUCCGACCCCCUUCCCCCUCCUCUCCUCUCCUCUCCCCUCCCUCCCCUCCCCUGUUAUUCCUGCCGCCGCCGCGCCGCCGCCGCACAGGCAAGUCAGCAGCAGAGCGCGAGCGCCGGAUUGCUUUCAGCGGAGGACUGCUCAAGGAUUAUGCUCUAAAGAGAGAAAGAAGACCGGGAGGGGGAGUCUUUCUUUAAGAAAAAUAAUAUAUACGCGCGCGUGUGUGUGUAUAUAUGUAUAUGUACAUCCCCGUAUCCCCGCUCCGAGGAUCUUUUGAAUGUGCUGCGAUUGCAUUUCGGAUUUCUGCAAGCAGGAGCGAGAUCCCCCUCCCCUUCCCUUCUGCCCCCCUCUUUGUUUUUCCGUUAAAAACACACACAGGCCAAUAUCUCUUAAAUAUAUGUGUGUGUGUUUGUAUGCAUGUGUAUAUACACAUGUGUGUAUAUAUGUACCUAUGCCUGUAUGCAUUCACUGGGUGUCGCAAGAGGAAAAACUAACCAAAGCCUCAGAAAGGAGCCCCCUACAUCUACCCACCCCCCACUUCACUCAAACCUGCCUUCUUAUUUAUUGAGAGAUCUCCUAGAAACCCGCCUGGCUCCGGAGCGUGCUUAAUCCCAAGGAAAAGUGAAGCCAUCUAACCAUGGUGGUUUUUAAUGGCAUGCUGAAAAUUAAAAUCUGCGAAGCGGUGAAUCUCAAACCCACCCCUUGGUCACUAAGGCAUGCGGUGGGUCCCAGGCCACAGACCUUUUUGCUGGACCCAUACAUUGCCCUCAAUGUGGACGAUUCCAGGAUCGGGCAGACCUCCACCAAGCAGAAAACCAACAGCCCUGCCUGGAACGAUGAAUUUGUCACUGAUGUUAGCAAUGGCAGGAAGAUUGAAAUGGCCGUUUUCCAUGAUGCCCCCAUUGGGUACGACGAUUUUGUGGCGAACUGUACUAUCCAGUUUGAGGACUUGCUGCAGAACGGGAGCCGGCACUUCGAGGAUUGGAUUGAUUUGGAGCCAGAAGGAAGAGUGUACGUCAUCAUAGAUCUUUCAGGCUCUUCAGGUGAAGGGGAAGGAACUUCAGAAGAUAGCAGAUCAGAUUCUGUACAUUGCAGUCCCACUCAAAGAAGAGGAACUUCAAUCAUCUCACCCAAAGACAAUGAAGAAAGAGUGUUUAGGGAACGGAUGCGCCCCAGGAAGCGCCAGGGGGCAGUGCGACGCAGGGUCCAUCAGGUUAAUGGGCACAAGUUUAUGGCCACCUAUCUUAGACAACCAACCUAUUGUUCACACUGCCGAGACUUUAUAUGGGGAGUAAUAGGAAAACAAGGGUACCAAUGUCAAGUUUGUACUUGCGUAGUCCACAAGCGAUGCCAUGAGCUUAUAAUAACAAAGUGCGCCGGCUUGAAGAAGCAGGAAGCCCAUGAUGAGGUGGGCUCCCAGCGUUUCAGUGUCAACAUGCCUCACAAGUUUAGCAUUCACAAUUACAAAGUGCCCACCUUCUGUGACCACUGUGGUUCAUUGCUUUGGGGUCUUCUGAGACAAGGUUUACAAUGCAAAGUUUGCAAGAUGAAUGUACAUAGACGCUGUGAAACAAACGUAGCACCCAACUGUGGAGUAGAUGCUAGAGGGAUAGCUAAAGUACUUGCGGAUCUUGGCGUUACUCCAGAUAAGAUCACUAAUAGUGGACAAAGGAGGAAGAAGCUUGUUCCAGGUGCAGAAUCUCAACCGCCAGUUCCUGGAUCCUCACCAGGAGAAGAUGAUAGAUCAAAGUCAGCACCAACUUCCCCAUGUGAUCAAGAAAUCAAAGAGCUUGAAAAUAACAUCAGGAAAGCAUUAUCAUUUGACAAUCGAGGAGAAGAACACAGGGGAACAGCAACAACCUCAACUGACAGCCAACUUAACACACCUGGGGAGAAUGGGGAAAACGGAGAGGUCAAAGCUCAGACAAAGCGAAUGGGCCUGGAGGAGUUUAACUUCAUUAAAGUAUUAGGAAAAGGCAGCUUUGGAAAGGUCAUGCUGGCAGAACUCAAAGGUAAAGAUGAAGUAUAUGCUGUGAAAGUCUUAAAGAAAGAUGUCAUUCUUCAAGAUGAUGAUGUGGACUGUACAAUGACAGAAAAACGGAUUCUGGCAUUAGCACGAAAGCAUCCUUAUUUAACACAGCUCUACUGCUGCUUCCAGACCAAG